CCGAGCCUCUUCUGCGGCUUAGCCUCUCGGGCCGAGCCGCGUGCGCCCGCGCCCCGGGGGCUCCUCCGCAGCCGCGCGCCGGGAGCCCCGUGCUCCCGAAGCUUGGGCCCCGCAGCCCGCCCGCCGGCCAUGAGGGCGCCCUCUUACCGCUGCCACAACACCACGUCGGUGGAGAAGGGCAACUCGGCGACGAUGGGCAGCGUGCUCUUCAGCGCGGGCCUCCUGGGCAACCUGCUGGCGCUGGGGCUGCUGGCGCGCUCGGGGCUGGGCUCGUGCCCGCCGCGGCCGUCGCGCCCGCCGCCCUCGGUCUUCUACGUGCUGGUGUGCGGCCUGACCGUGACCGACUUGCUGGGCAAAUGCCUCGUGAGCCCGGUGGUGCUGACCGCUUACGCGCAGAACCGGAGCCUGUGGGGGCUGAUGCCCGUGCCCGGAGACUCGCUGUGCCAGGCCUUCGCCUUCUGCAUGUCCUUCUUCGGGCUCGCCUCGACGCUGCAGCUCCUGGCCAUGGCGCUCGAGUGCUGGCUGUCCCUGGGGCACCUCUUCUACCGACGCCACAUCACCGUGCGCCGGGGCGCGCUGGUGGCGCCCGUCGUGGGCGUCUUCUGCCUGGCUUUCUGCGCGCUGCCCUUGGCGGGCUUCGGGCGCUUCGUGCAGUACUGCCCGGCACCGUGCUUCAUCCAAAUGGUCCACGACGACAGCUCCUUGGCCGUGCUGGGCUACUCCGUGCUCUACUCCAGCCUCAUGGCGUUGCUCGUGCUUGCCAUCGUGCUGUGCAACCUGGGCGCCAUGCGCAACCUCUACACCAUGCACCAGCGCCUGCGCCGGCACGCGCGCUCCGGCCCCAGGGAGCGCGCCGGGCCGGGCGCCGGCGAGCGCGGGGCGUCUCCGCACCCCUUGGAGGAGCUGGAUCACCUCCUGCUGCUGGCCCUCAUGACGGUGCUCUUCUCCAUGUGCUCGCUGCCGUUGAUUUAUCGUGCGUACUCCGGCGCUUUCAAGGCGGUGGACAGGCGCUCUCAAGAGGCCGACGACCUCCAGGCCCUGCGCUUCCUCUCUGUGAUCUCCAUCGUGGACCCUUGGAUUUUCAUCAUUUUCAGAACUCCAGUAUUUCGCAUGUUUUUGCACAAGAUCUUCAUAAGACCUCUUCAGUACGGAAAUUGGCCCAGCAGUUCAUGCCGAUCUCACACGGAAUCCAGCCUGUGACUGGGUCGGGCACUCCCUGGUAAGCUGAAGCGGAGACCACAUAUUCCGUCAAAGAACCAUAGUGGUUUUUGUUUCUGUGUUUGAAUCUUAAAAUUUAAAUCGUAAAAGUUGUCUCCCAUAACAGAAGCAUCUAAAACUGUAUUCCCAAAGUAUUGACUGUGUCUUAACAAUAUGCCAUCAUUCUCUAUUCAUGGACCAAUUUGAUGCAUUUUUUUCCUUUCCUGUUAUCAGCAGUGACUAGAAGUUAGCAUGUUGAAACAAUGUUAAAUGUCUUAAAGCAAUGGUAGUAAUCCUCCCAAUAUUUGAACUUGAAGUCUUAAGACCUAGUCUCUGUUUAGACACAGUGGAAACACAAUUGGUUACACUUGUCUGAUCGAGGUUCUUAAGAAGAAAUGGUUUCUUACCCGAUUCAUUUUCGUGGUUUGGUUAUUUCACAUCAUCCUGGUUCCUGCUUAGUUCUUUUCUUUGAUGAUUGUUCUACGUCAGUCCUGGAUCCUAGAUGCUUCUCAGGAGAGUGAGGCAGGAAACAUGGCCAGGUCAAGCAUUCAGAGUCAUGGGGAGGGGGUGGGGAUUCUAUAAGCAGAUGUCAGGCAAGAUGUGACGAUGGCCCACAAACUCAGAGAAGAAAAAAAAAAGGGUCUUGGGGGUUCCCAGUGCCCGACACGCUGCAACUCUGGAGUGGAGAGCCUGCCACGUGCACCGCCCGGGGGCCUGCAGCCUGCAAUCUCUUCCGAAGACUGACUAUUUACCUGUGCUGAGAGCAGCAACCUCGUUUUUUUUCCACCUCUGGUUUUGCCAAUAUCUCAGAGAUGGUGUUU